AUGGUUGAUUGUAAUAAAGCUAACACCCCUGCUGAAGUGGGAUUAAGGCUAGAAAAAGAGCCAGAAGAAGAAGAAGUUGUUGAUCCAACAGCUUACAAAAGAAUGGUUGGAAGUCUUAGAUAUCUCUGCAACACCAGACCUGAUCUGAGCUAUAGUGUUGAAGUGAUAAGUAGGUACAUGGAGUGUCCUAGGGUAUCACAUUUGAAUGCUGUCAAACGGAUACUAAGGUACUUAAAGGGUACAUACUCAUAUGGAAUUCUCCUAAGAAGAGGUGAAGCUGGAGAAGAAGUACAAAUUACUUCUUACUCAGAUGCAGAUUGGUGUGGAGAUAAGACAGACAAAAGAAGCACUGCAGGGUAUAUUUUCUUCAUGGGUGGAUCUCCUAUUUCUUGGUGUUCUAGAAAAGAACCAGUGGUGGCUUUGUCAUCAUGUGAGGCAGAAUACAUAGCUGCCUGUGAAGCUACUUGUCAAGCAACUUGGCUGGGAUUCUUAUUAGAAGGGAUGAAGGUGAAGAUGUCUGAGAGGAUGAGACUAUUGGUAGACAACAAGUCAGCCAUAGAUCUCACUAAGCAUCCUACCUCUCACGGUAGGAGCAAGCACAUUGAGACUAGGUUCCAUUACAUCAGGGAACAAGUCAGCAAUGGAAGUCUGAAGGUUGUACACUGCAGAUCCGAAGACCAACUAGCAGAUAUACUCACCAAAGCUCUUAAAGGUGAACGCUUUCUGACUCUCAGAAAGUAG